AUGCUGGAUGAGCUAGACAACGUCUUCGACGACCAUCCAUCCCUGGACGCGUCGCUCGAAGACUUCGAGAGCAAUACACAUCCUCACAGAUCCCCAAUGUUUGGCCUGCCAUCUCAACACUCCGGAUUCCGGUCUGAAGACUCGGACGGAGAAGACGGCGAGAUUGAAGAUCCCGCCCAGGAACGCUGGUCUCCCCCCGGUUUCCACCCACCUGACUAUGUCCAUGGUAGUGGAUGGUACCGUCACCAGCCCUAUCUGCGCAAAGGUAACUCCAACACGGAUCGCUUGCAGCUCAAGCCCACCGUCGGCCUUAGCGUUUCCCCAUCCCAGUCGCGCGAGCCAAGCCCACAGUAUGAGGAUGCGCUCGAAGGCCCAACAAAGAGUAGACAAAGCGAUCGCGCCACCCCGGGCGACAUCUCCGUCGCGGCCAACGUGCCUUUACCGGCGGGUGCAGAUACCCCCUCCACGGUCGAUCCCCAAGUCCCCCUCCGGCUCCAAGUACAGGACGCACACCUUGCCGCAGCCCCGAGGACGAAGGGGCGCGGGUAUACUAACAACUUAUUGCGAAUGGAUAAAGACAUUCGCUUUGCAGUGCGUGCAGAAGUCCAGCACCGAGAACCUAUUGCCGCGAUGUUUGGCUAUCUGCGCUCCAAGUUUGAGCGCAUGACCAGCUCCAAGUCUAACACUACUUUAUCUGUGAUAAUCCUUCUACUCUCAGUCGCCUUUAUGCGCGCCCUGGUCCUUCCAGGCCUCCCCCAAUCGAUCCCCGACCUCGUAAAGCUAUCUGGCUUCGCCCGUUCCUUCGAACCGCUAAUCUAUUACUCCGAGAAUGGUGUGCAGCAAAUCGGCACGCUCCAAGAAACCGGCGUCGCAGUAUGGGAUCUGAGCGAGUCCGUCCGUGGGACAAACAUGACCAGCGCACCCAUCAUCGUCCGACAACUCGACGAGCUCUCCGACUCCCUCAAAUCCCUCUCCCUCGAGCUAACCCGUUUCUUCGCCAACGUCGACUCCGACAUCGACUCCAUCCUAAUAGUAAUGGACUGGGCUAAGCGCGAGCUCGAAACCCUCUCUGCGCAACCACCAAGCUCCCUCCCAACCAUCAUCUUUGACAACAUGCACAACAUGCUUUCCCGUCUCGGCGCCCUUGAACGCUCCUCCCAAGUCUCCGACGGCGGCGUCACCGCAACCUCGACAACAACAACACCCCUUGGCCAUCUCGUGAUGGCCGUCUUUGGCCCGACCUCUGCACAGCGCACGCGCACAACCCUCACCCGGACCUUCACAGAGUUCCUCUCCGUCCUGGAAGAAUCGAUCAACAGCGAGCUGACACACUCCACGGCCCUCUUUGCGCUCUUCGAAUCCAUAGACCGACAAUUCCUUAAUCUGCAGCGCACGGUGGUCCGCGAAUCUGACGCCCAGGAACGCGCUGAGGGGGAGAUGCUCUCAUCGCUCUGGACAAGAGUGCUUGGGCCGGAUGCAGCGGCUGUGCGCAAGUACGAGAAGAACAAGAAACUACUUGCGAAUGUGCGCAGUCGAACCGUCGCCAAUAAACACCUCCUUGUCGACCACCGUGGCCGACUGCUGACGCUGAAGGUCAAUCUCGAGACUCUGCGCAGGAAGCUGGUCAGUCCGCUUGUGCGGCGAAAUGACUCGGUCAGCUUUGUCGGCUCGAUUGAUGGCGGUGGGGCUGGCGGUGGAGGGAACGGGCAUGGAGGAUCUGCAGGCCGCAUGCUUGGGCCUGUUGAGGCAGUUAUUGAUGGGCAGAUCCGCGGGUUGGAAGGGACAUAUGAUUAUCUACGCACUGUCCGUGAGAGACAGAAAGCGAAGCUCCUGGAGUUGGUCUAUGGGGCGGGGAGGAAACCGAAUCGGCCUAUGAUUGAUGGGUUAGAAGGGAGGGAGGAUGAUGACUGA